UAUUUCUUCCUUUUAUCUGACACUCUUUUAUUCCUUUUGAAAUAUGUUAAACAAGUGUUGUUUGUGUAUUGAUUUAAGAACGGCAACUUUGCUGCUAGCUAUUCUGGGUGCAUUCACCCAUCUGUAUGGUGGGCUUAUGCUUACUGCCAUUUCCGAUGAAUUCGAUAGCGAAGACUUUGGUGCCGUGUUUUCCUUGACUGUAUACUCCUUCCUUUCCGGCAUUGCAUGCAUUGUUGGCGCUGUCGGUGUGUUCAAGAAUGAUGUGAAACGUCUUCGUAUCUUCUCUGCCUACUAUUGGGCCGAUCUUGUAUUGCAUACGGUAUUUGCUGUCGCUAGUGCUGUUCUUUUGUUCAGCCUCGACAGUGAAGUUUGCUCGGAAUUGGCAAGCGAAGCCGAAGAACCGUUCGAUAUGGAACUGUGCGAAUCGGUCUAUGUCAAGAGCGCCUGGGUGGUGGUUCUUACCAUGGCCAUCAAUAUGUUGCUGAAGCUUCACUAUGCUUUUGCCAUUCGUGCGUACACUGUGCGGGUCCAACAACAAGACCAAUCCGAUGUGGCUGUUGUCGGCAUCGUAGCUGCGCCUCCCGCCUACACCCCCGUUCCCGCCAUGGAAAAGGAUCAACCCAUCUAUGUCGCUGGACAAGAAUAUAUUCCUGAUGAGAAGAAGCAGUCUAUCGUUUAAAAAAUUCGGCAUGGUUAUUGUUGAAUAAAAUUAUCGAAUCGACGUUGUAUAUCUCCAGAUCUCCGUUCCAUGCCAAAACUAUACUUUGUUCAUGGAUGGCUCAAUGGCCCAAAAUUGUGAGAU